AUGGCAGAAACCGAGUCAACCCUUUCCAAGGUCGAUUCUGCUACCCAGCAGCCUGAGGUCAAGGCCAAGCGCCGACCAAGUUCUAUGGCAGCUGACUGCUACGACAUCUUAGACCUCCAGAAAGAAGGCAAAGAGAUCAACAUCGCACCUGAGACUCAGAAGCUAGGGUGGAAGCUGAACAAGUCACCAUCGACAGUCGAGGACCCAUCGUAUCUCGCUCUGCCAUUGUGCAUACCCAAGGUCAAGAAGAUCACCCUGCACUUCCCGCUGGGGCUCGAGGUCUCUGCACGGAACAUGAAGGGCGUUACCAUCAAGGAUGCGCUGGACGCUAUCCACAAGCAGUUCAAAAAGAGGCAAGACGACGAGUUCGAAAAGCCCUACUUAGCUGGCUUCGAGUGGGAUCCUGAGGAGGACUACACACGAUUCAUCGUUCACCAGACGAGCACUCCAACCUCAUCAUUCACCAAGGAUGGCUCGUCCAAGAAGAAGAAGAAGAAGGCUGCCGAAGGCAUUGAGGAUCGUCUCUCUGCGCUUAUACGUCGGCUGAUGGUGGGUGCGGCGAAUGCGUUCGGAGGUCGGUCAACCUGCAUCUCGAAGUGGGAAGAGAACAACUUGAGAGACAAAUCACCAAUUGACACAAGCAAUAUGAAUUUUGUACUCCCACUUCGACCUUCGAGAUCUUCGAACGCUCCGAAUACGCCUAAAGCCCCGAGGACUACCAAAACGCACCUUCCACCGCCUGAAUCACCUCGACGAAGACCAAGUCUUGCUACACGCGCUGGCGUUACCAAACGUCGGAGUAGUGUAUCCACUACUUUCAAUGCACCAUCAAUGAGCUUCUUCGAGGCAAUGUUUGGGGACGAUUUCCCCGAUACAUUCGCACGUGACAAUGGACGCAGCUGCAAGAGCCAGAAAACACUGUUGGAUCUUCCGGCGGAAAUACUGCAAAUCGUGUGCCAGACGCUUUCCAACAUGGAUAUCAAGCGGCUUCGACUUACGCACAGGGUGCUUGCAGAGUUGGUAGAGCUGCGCAUCGAUCGUGUCUUUAUCUCUCCAAAUCGUGCAAACUUGGACUGUUUGAACAGCAUACUCAAUCAUCAUCGGUACUGUUUGCGCGUUCAAGAAAUUAUUUGGGACGAUGCGCAGCUUGAUGAUUAUCCCACACUCGAUCUGUUCCGAGGACGGCUGGAUUCGGAUGAAAAGAAAUCAAGGGUUGCCCUGGAAGACCAUAUCUCUACAUUCUUCCUUGGCAAGGACGAACACGAAGCCAAUUACGAGUCGAUCAGCGCCGAAAGCUGCAUUAACGAUGGAGUGUUGACCGAUGUCGGCAAAGCCAUAUUGCUCAGUUCGAAUGACACCAAAUCCAUCGAAUUCAUUGCGAGUCAUGCCGCAUCCAUGAGCAUUGAAGACAGCUACGAAUUGUACCAGAAACUUUACCAAGACGAAAAGGAAAUCAUCAACAGAGCUUGGGAUGUGGCUGGUUUACAGCGUGCGCUUACGCAGUUACCAAACUUAAGACGCAUUACGCUUACAAGUGAGGCUUGGAGACCAUGGCGCUCUUUACCAGUGUACGACACCCCUUUCUACCGCGCUCUACCUGCAGGCUUCAGGAAACCUUCUGUAUGGCCCUGGGUUGCUUGUGGGUAUCCCGGUUCCCAGGACCCACUCAAGUAUGACAUAUCCGUUCAGCGUCUGCCAUCGAAGUGGAGAGGCUACAGCGUUGUCAUGGCUCUGUUAGUCGCAAAUCCAGUUCCGGAUCUAGAAGAAUUCGUGUUAGACACCGGUCAAGAAAUGAUUGGCCUACCUCACGAACUUUUCGCUCUACCGAACAUCGACUACAACAAUACCAUCCAAGUGUUCAAAACCGCACCUCUUCGAAGAUUUCAUUUCUCUUUCAUUGAGCACGCUGCCGUAAACCACGGUCAGGAUGUAAGCGGCCAGGUCUCCAUUGACACCGACCUCUUGACAAAUGUGAUCAGUGUCAUGCCGCAUUUGGAACAUCUCGAUCUAAAGUGGAAAACUCUUCCGCAACAUGCGUACGAUCCUUUUCCUUAUGGCUUCCUCCAGCAGAGUUGCCCCAGACUCAAGCAUCUAGCAUUGCGGUACGCCAGAGUUGUGGAUAGCUGGCUUCACAACUUGAUCAUCAAUCAAAAGACUUUGGAAACUGUUGUCCUCGACAAAGUUGAACUUGUUAGUCAGACACACUCGGCGUCAAUUUGCGAACAGGUCUUCUCCUGUCUCAGAGACCACUACGCCAAAACUUCGCUCCAGGGACCACGAUUCACAUGGAUAGAAUAUCUUCCCCCAGACCUUACACACCAAGUUAGCCACACUUGCAAGCAAUGGUCAGUGGUUGACGAAGAGCUAGACGCUUUCUUGUACGAUGAUGGCGCGUCGCCUUGGUCUAUGGGAAACCUGCCGGGCCAGCUUGAAGAUUCUUUUGGUUGGGUCAUGGAUGGCAGGGAUCCGUCGUUUCGCGAAAGGAGAAGUGAUGUGUUAAGCAAUACGGGACUGAGACGGAGAAAUCCGUGGCCAAUCGAUGGAUCGAUGACAAGCGUGCAUCCGGACUGGCGUAUAUAUUAA